CACCGGCGCUCAGUUCGAAGGCUUAGUAGAAGAAGAGAGGGGACACACAGAUCAUUCAGCCAUGAUGAAGACCGUACUGUUUCUUUACCUCUGCCUGCACGUCUCGCUGGCUCAGGAUGUGUUAGAGUAUGAUGACUAUGACACUGACACCACAGCAUCGAACGCAACAAAACAGGCCAAAGCAGCUGUAGAUGCUCGAGGCCACCGUCCACUAUCACAAGGAAGGGACGCGUACUCCGGCUCCCGCUACAAUCCACCUCCGAUCACCGGCGGCAACAGGUACCGUGGACGCCCUUCCACAACCACCGUCGGGGGUCCUCAACCACAGGAGAAGGUGGAGCAACCUGAGGCUGGGGGCUGCACGCACGGCCUGGAAGAGCUGGGCGUCCUGUGUCCAACGGGCUGUGAGCUGAAGACAGCGAUCCUGAAGCAAGAGAAGAACGUCAGGACGAGUGUCUCUGAGCUGAAGCCUCAGGUGGAGGAGUUGUCCCGCUCGUCCAACCGCGUCUUCAACUACGCCAACAGCAUGUCUGUCUCUUUGAUCGAGAGACAGAGGGUCAUCUCAGAAAACAACAGAGUCAUGGGGGAUUACACGGACAAAGUGGAGGAGCAGCACCUCUACAUCAAGGAGACAGUGGACACGGUGUUCCCCUCCAACAUCAGAGUCCUGCAGGGAGUCCUUGACAAGAUCCGGCUGAAGAUCCAGAAGCUGGAGAAGGCUAUUGAGGCCCAAAAUGAGGAAUGCAAAGAGCCCUGCAAGACCAAGUGUCCCAUCCCAGUGGUGUCUGGUAAGGAGUGUGAAGAUAUUUACCGCCGUGGUGGAAAAGACUCCCAGAUGUACUUAAUCCAGCCGGACAGCUUUUAUCCCCCAUACAAGGUCUACUGUGACAUGACCGUCCAGAACGGAGGAUGGCUUCUCAUCCAGAACAGAAUGGAUGGCAGCGUAGACUUUGGCCGACGCUGGGACGAAUACAGACAAGGAUUUGGAAACAUCGCCUUCGACGUUGGCAAGGGUCACUGUGAGACUCCGGGUGAAUACUGGCUUGGAAACGACCGAAUCAGUCAGUUAACUAAGAUGGGCCCGACUGAGGUUCUCAUUGAGAUGGAGGACUGGACCGGAGCCAAGGUCAAUGCCCAUUACCGCCAGUUCACCGUGCAGUCACAGGUGUCAAACUACGUCCUGGCUGUGGCCGAUUACACCGGUACCGCAGGGAACGCCUUCCUGGAAGGAUCCAGUGAACUGUUUGGGGUGAAUCGCACCAUGACCAUACACAACGGCAUGAUGUUCAGCACCUACGACAGAGACAACGACAACUGGAACCCUGGAGAUCCCUCAAAGCAGUGCUCAAGGGAAGAUGGAGGCGGCUGGUGGUACAACCGCUGCCACUCUGCUAAUCCCAAUGGCAGAUACUACAUGGGAGGACACUACACAAAACAGAUGGCCAAACACGGCACAGAUGAUGGCGUAGUAUGGAUGAACUGGAAGGGCAGCUGGUACUCGCUGAAGGCCAUCAGCAUGAAGAUCAGACCCUUUUUCGCUUCAAGAUAAGAGGGGUUUUAAACAGAGCAGGUUGACUGUAUUAGCCCCAACACUGAUUCAUUUUACUGAACCACAAAUGAAGCUAUAUGUGAACGGGAAAAGAGAAAACAAAUGGUGGUUGGGCAAUAAAAACAAACAAACAAACAAACCUAGGAAAAGAACAAAACUGAUGACCCCAACAUCAUCUGCUUCUGUGAAGUCACCUGCUGCUGUCUGUCUUCUGCUACUCAAUAAACACAUUGAGGUACAUAGA